GUACUGGACUUGACAAUAGGAAGAAUCAGAAUAAAAUGUAAGAGCCAUGGCAGCACGCUGGAGGAGAAUCCUGAUAGUAUUUGUGGCAGCUCAAGUACUAUGUUUGGUAAAUACCUUUGAGGAAGAGGAUGUACCUGAAGAAUGGAUUCUUCUUCAUGUUGUUCAAGGCCAGAUUGGAGCAGGAAACUGCAGCUACUUGAGACUAAAUCAUGAGGGAAAGAUAGUACUUCAGAUGCAGAGUUUAAAAGGUGAUGCGGAUUAUGUAUCCGAUAUGACUCUUCACCCCAGCUUUGACGAGUACGAGUUACAGGCUGUUACUUGUAGCCAAGACGUUGUCCACGUAGCAGCACACUUCCGCCGACCAGUGGGAAUAGGGAUUUAUGGGCAUCCCUCCCACCAGGAGAGUGAGUUUGAAAUGAAAGUGUACUAUGAUCGAACAGUCGUACAGCAUCCAUUUGGCGAGGCUUCCUACAAUCCAGAGGAGAUGGAGACAACCCAGAAAUACUCACACUCUACAGAAGAUGAAUCUCGGGAUGAAGAGUCUGUUUUCUGGACUAUACUUAUUGGAAUCUUGAAGGUAAUACUUGAAAUUCUUUUUUAA